UCCACAGUGUUUCAGUCAUUUGAAUCAAUUCAUCAAAUAUUGUUCUGGUUGUAAAUUGUAAGUUUUUCUUUUUACACUAUUGGUCGUUAAUGGCUGCUGUAUAUGCGGGAUAUGACUUCCGAUAAAGUGAAUUCAAUUAAAAAUCAAUUGUAUACUACAACAUCAUUAACAAUGUCUGCCGAUGUUCCAUCACAACAACAACAACAGCAACCACCACCACCACCGUAUUCAUCAUUAUAUCCACCAACAAUAACAACAACAUCACCUUAUGGACCAAUACCAAUGACAUCUGCUGCUGCAACAUUUGCACCAUUCUAUCAUCAGAAUGGUAGUAUUACAACAUCGGGACCACCACCGCCACCACCACAAUUACCCCCACAUAUGAUUGGAACACAAUUAAUGGCAACACAUCCAUCAACAAUUGGACCUCAUCAUCAUCAAAUGUAUGGAACGAUUGGUCCAAAUAAUUAUAUACCAGCUACAGCUCAACCAUACGGUCUGUAUCAAACGGCAGUGAUACCAACAGCAUAUGGACCAAUGAUUGCUCCAAUUCAAUUUCCACCAAUGACAAAUGCUGCUGCUGCUGCUGCAGCGGCAGCCUCAAUGAUGAUACCAACUACGAAUACAACAGCAGCAGCCGCAACAACCGAUCCAUAUUUUGAUCCACGAAAUCAACAUCAUCAUUCUCGUGCAUUCGAAAUCGAGAUGGCCAGACAAACUAUUCCGAUUCCACCAUUUGGACAUAUUCCACCAGUAGUACCAUCGGGAAAUAUGGCAUUAAUGUAUGGUGCAAUGGGAAAUGGAAAUGGUACAAUGUUGGUAUCGAAACCAUUGAAAAAACCAUUCUAUUAAAAAAAAUUAUCAGAAAAAUUAA